CACUCUCCGUCUCUGUCUCUUUACGAGCUGCUGACAUCCACCUGACUGGACAUGCUGCAGGUCAUAACUGCAGUCGGCUAUAUAAGAACUCAUAUCUGACACAGGCCUGCAUCACCUACAGGUGCUGAUACCUCAACCUCCACCACACGCCGACAAAGUCAGGAUGAAGCUGCUGUUGGUUGUCGCUGCUGCUCUGGCCGUGGCCAGCUCUGCCAGAAUCUCUCUGGAGGACCUGGAGUUCCACGCCUGGAAACUCAAGUUUGGAAGGACCUACAGCUCUCCAUCAGAGGAGGCUCACCGAAAGGAUAUCUGGCUCAACAACCGCAGAGUGGUGCUUGUGCAUAACAUCAUGGCCGACCAGGGCAUCAAGUCCUACCGCCUUGGCAUGACCUACUUCGCAGACAUGGAAAACGACGAGUACAGACGCCUGAUCUCUCAGGGCUGCCUGGGCGCUUUCAACACCUCUCAGCCUCGCCGUGGAUCCACCUUCCUCCGCCUCACUGACUUGACCGAUCUUCCCGCCACUGUGGACUGGAGGGACAAGGGAUACGUCACUGACGUCAAGGAUCAGAAGCAGUGCGGCUCCUGCUGGGCCUUUAGUGCAACCGGCUCUCUGGAGGGUCAGAACUUUAGGAAGACUGGAAAGCUGGUGUCUCUGAGCGAGCAGCAGCUGGUGGACUGCUCAGGAGACUAUGGCAACAUGGGCUGCGGCGGAGGUCUGAUGGACAAUGCCUUCAGGUACAUCCAGGCCAAUGGAGGCAUCGACACAGAGGAUUCCUAUCCUUAUGAAGCUGAGGAUGGUGACUGCCGUUUCAACCCUGACACCAUCGGAGCCACAUGCACAGGCUACGUCGAUGUGAAAGAAGGUGAUGAAGACGCCCUGAAGGAGGCCGUGGCCACCAUCGGGCCUGUGUCUGUGGGUAUUGAUGCAGGCCACAUGUCCUUCCAGCUCUAUGAAUCAGGAGUGUAUGAUGAACCAGAUUGCAGCAGCACAGAGCUGGAUCAUGGUGUCCUGGCUGUUGGUUAUGGCACUGAUGGUGGAAAGGACUACUGGCUGGUCAAGAACAGCUGGGGUCUGAGCUGGGGAAGCAAGGGAUACAUCAUGAUGUCCAGGAACAAGGACAACCAGUGUGGUAUUGCUACUGCAGCCAGCUACCCUCUGGUCUAAACAGGUCCAACGCUUCCCUCAGUGAUGAGAGGAACACUGAUGCAUAAUUUCCUUUAAUUUCAUCAAAGAAACUGAGCCGUAGCAAAAGAAAAAAAAUCGGUGUAAGUUAGGAGUCCGUUUGAGCCCUGAUGCACUUUCAUUAGAACACAUUUUUUUAAAUGGAGAUUGUAAAUAAAUGUAAAGAAAUAAAGUAUGUAACUUAAAAAUUA